UGCACGAAGACAGUGCAGAAAGAAGACACUCCUUCGUUUUCAUCUGAUAUUUUGACGAUUAUAUGACAAUAUGCCUCUUUUUGAAGGUAUUCAUGUCAGCUACACGGGAGAGAAGACAGCAGUGGUGCUUGACAUUGGCGCAGCUUACACUAAAAGUGGUUUUGCUGGUGAAAAUGGGCCAAGGUGCAUCUUGCCCUCUGAACUUGUCAGACCAAAAACUGGACAGUUGGUGAAGAUCAUUGACUUCAUUGAUAAAGAAGAGCUGUACGAUGUUCUCGUUGAAUAUCUUCAUAAAAUAUACUUCCGGCACUUACUAGUCAACCCAAAGGAUCGUAGAGUCGUGAUAUGUGAAUCGAUUCUAUGUCAGUCGAGCUUUCGUGAUAUGCUCGCACGAGUUCUGUUCCGGCAUUACGAAGUUCCGUCUGUACUAUUCGCGCCAUCGCAUCAGUUGGCUCUCCUCACUUUGGCGGCAAACUCUGGUCUCGUUAUAGAUGUAGGCUUUACAGAAUCUCUAGUGCUUCCAAUCUAUGAAGGUAUUCCAGUCCUGAAAGCGUGGGAGGCGAUACCUCUAGGAGGAAAAGCUGUUCAAACAAAUUUACAAUCUCAGCUUCUGGAAGGAGCUAAUGUCACAACACAGGAGCAGGGAGAACGGCCACUUUCUUCUGUGAUUAGUUCCAUCGAAGAAAGGAUCCUAGAGGAUAUCAAAGUGAGGUGUUGCUUCACGACGAAGUUCGAUCGUGCUGAGGGUAUCCACGCUGCCCGGUUGAAGGAGAGUGGGUAUGGGGAGGACGGUGCGACAGGUCCAAAGCCACCACCUGGUGUGGACUACCCCCUAGAUGGUGAGAAGAUGUUGCACAUUGACGGAAAGAUUAGAGAAUCUGCUUAUGAAGUGUUGUUUGAGCAGGACAAUGAGGAAAGAUCUGUUGCUACACUUAUCCUUGAUGCGAUUAGAAAGUGUCCUCUUGACAUGCGACGAUACCUUUCAGAGAACAUUGUCAUCAUAGGGGGGACGUCAAUGGCACCUGGAUUUAAAGCACGGCUUAAAGAUGAGCUAUACAGCUUGAUGGAAAAACCAAAAUAUAAGGAGGACUUGGCCAUCCAGGUUUUCAAGUUCCAUAAGCUACCUGCCAAAGAAAAUUAUGCUGCUUGGUUGGGUGGUGCAAUAUUCGGAGCUCUUGAAGUGCUGGGGAGUCGCUCUCUAACAAGGGAACAAUUUUCUUCUACUGGGCGGGUACCUGAUUGGUCAUCAAUAUCUGAUGAUAAUCCCAAGGAGGAAGACGAGCGCCUGCCAGUUCCACGUGGCAGGUAGACACUAGCAAACAUUGCAACAGCCUACAUGUAGUGCCAGAAAUUUCCAUUCAACAGGACACCUCUCAAUUAAGAACAACAUUUGUUAGUCCUGAGACCUGAGGGUGUCCUUGAUAGUGAGGUUCUACUCUACUGCUGUGAAAUAACUCAGUCGAUGUCUGCUUUAAUGCUAUGUGAACUAUCCUAAGACAAUGAUACAUGUACUCGAGGUGAUGGGCAAAAAAACAAGGACAUGAUGCCUGAAGACAUUAGAAAUUUCACAAAAGACCAAUUUCUGACAAAAGAACAUUAGUAAUGUAGAACACCUUGGAAUCUCUAUCGUGUACACAGCAAUGAUGAGGAUGAUUUGCCUUGUCAUUCCAUAGUGGACCAGUGGUUAUUGUGCUGAGCUAUAGGAUUCAAUGGGGAAAUGAAUACACUUUAAAUAGAACAUGGGUGUAGAGGUUGAUGAGAAUAAUAAAAUACUGUUGCUUGUAGUACAAAGACUAUUGAGCAGUGCAAAAUAAAUGUGCUUGGGGAAGGGGAAAUAAUGUUGGAAAUUGCCGAGGACUGUAAUCCAUCUUCAAGUGUUUGAGAUGUAGGAAUGGGAUAUGGGUAUACUGUCACUUUAACUUUUAAGUUACCUUAAGGGUCAUCCCUUUCAGUCACUUCAGUAUGUAUUUAUUUAUGGUUAUCUCUGUUAACAUGGUUACUGUAACUUGCUUUCUAAGCAGAGGAAUUCUAUUUGAAAAUAAACUCUACAAAGAUUGGCUUUAA